AUGAUUCGUAAAAGUAUUGAUUCAUUAGAAACAAAUAAUGAUCAACAACCAUUGAAAAAUUGUUCAAAAUUAAAAAAUAAUUUUCAUGAAUUAUUAAAUGAAAUUGAAAAAGAAUAUAAUGGUAUUUUACUUGAAAAUGUGGCUUUACGAAAGGAAUUAGAACAUAAUAAUAAAUCUGGUACAAUAAUAACAAAUAAAUUUCGAACAGGAGAUAUUUUUCCAAUGAUUAAAAAUCGAGUUGGAUUUAGAAAAAAAAAAUAUUCGCCCAAUAAUUUAAUUUUUUCAUCAAAUAAUCAACAUCAAGAUAUUAUUUGGGAUGUUCAAAUUGGUGGAUUAGAUAAUUGUUAUAUUGGAUCAGCUUCAGCUGAUAAAACCGCAAUUAUUUGGUGUAGAAAAACAGGUUAUCCUCUUUUACAAUAUCAAGGUCAUUGUGGAAGUGUUAAUUCAUGUCGAUUUGGAUAUUUUGAUCCUAAUUUAGUAUUAACAACAAGUGGUGAUCAUGAAAUACAUAUUUGGAAAAUAUCUCUCGAUGAAAAUAUUAAAAUUCUAUCUAGUCCAUUAUUAAAAUUAAAAAGUACUGAUAUUGUAUCUUAUGCUGAAUGGUUUCAACAUGAUCAAAUUGUAUCAACUUCAUGGGAUAAAAGUGCAACGAUUUGGAAUAUAGAAAUGGGUAAUUCACUUCGUACACUUUAUGGUCAUGAUGGAGAAUUGACAUAUGUUUCCUGUCAUCAAACAAAACCACUUAUUCUUACUUCAUCACGAGAUGAAACAUUUCGAUUAUGGGAUUGUCGAAUUUCAAAUUCUUUAAUUGAAAUAUUUCAUGGUCAUACAAAAACAGUUAAUUCAACUUUAUUUAUUUCGGAUAAUCAAUUUGUUUCAUCAUCUGAUGAUGGAUUUGUUCAUAUUUGGGAUUUACGUUCAACAAAUUCUUCACCAUUUCUCUCAUUGGAAUGUAUUUCACCAUGUAAUCGUCUUUCAUUAUUUAAUAAUAUUCUAUCUGUACCACUUGAUAAUCGUGAUAUACGUCUCUAUUCAAUAAUAACUGGAGAAAAACUUUAUAUUCAAAAACGAGCACAUAAACGAGCUGUUCAAUGUUCAUCUCUUGUUCAAUCGAGAAAUUCAAUGGAAUUAUUUUUAGCUAGUGGAAGUCUUGAUUGUCAGAUGCAUACAUGGAAUAUACAAAAAUUAAAAGAAAAUCAUCGAUAG